UAUUUUGGUUUGAUAUUUAUUUUUAUUAAAGUAUUUACAACUAUGUUUAUAUGGUUUUUGUGUAAAUUAUGAUUCAUGAUAUAGCAUCUUAAAUCUACGAGUUAAUAUUGAUAGAAGGGAGGCGAAAACAAUGGAAAACCAACGCCUCACAGCUGCAAGCAUACCUUUUUAUAUACAUUUUAAAAACUAUGUAUUUAUAUUAAAUUUAAUGACAAAAAAUGAAUCCAAUCUAUCGGGUCGCACAUAAUAUAUCAAAGAAAGAAAGCACGUGGCUGUAGUUAAAAUACUUGCAUGCAAGUCAGUUUAGUUCGCUCUCCAUCCAACCCACCGGUAACCAAGAGCAACGAGAGUAGCAAACGAUAGCUUUGUUAAGUUUUCUGCGGAAUAACUUUUCCAAGUUUAAAUUUUCUUAAAAAGAAUUAAAUUCUACAAAUGAUGAUGAAAGAAUCAGCCAGACGUGGUAACGGUGCCAGUGGUGCCGGCACGGAUGGUACCGGUGAAAACAGUGAAAGUUUCUUCCAUUUGGCCGUUUCCGGCCAGCUGGAGUCGGCCUACUUCCCGAUGGGACCCGACAGCGGCAGUCUGUUCUGUCGGUAUGAUAUCGUUGCCGGGCCGGACUGGGAGCUUGUGUCCGGCAUGCGUUCGGGCAUAACCCAGAGUGCGAAACCGGAUGGCGACUAUCGGUCGGUGGUGUUCAAUAUGCCGCUGGAGUUUACAAUGAAGUCAACCAACCCGCACGGCUGGCCGCAGAUCGUGUUCAGCAUGUACGGGAAUAAUCUGUGGAAUGUGGAAACCAAUCGGGGCUACGCCAGGAUCCACUGCCCACUGAUGGGAACGAGGCGAACCGUACGGGCGCCACUUUUUGUGCCGAAGUAUAGCAACAUAUGGUCGGCGGCCAUGAGCUGGCUCACCGGAGUCAAUCCGGAAAUGCGAGACUCGAAGAUUUUGGCAGAUGGUUCGAAGCAUAAGGGACUGGCCACGGAGAGCUACGGGGAGCUGGUGGUUAGUUUGCAAGCGAUUUCGAGAGGAUGUAACAAAAUGGCUCUUGAUUGGGGUCAAUCAUAUGACUGAAUUUGAAUAAGAAGAUUUUUUGCUUUUAAAUCAUAGAUUGUAACUCUAAUGUAAGUAAAAUUGUUCGAACAGCAGACAAACAGUCGUAACACAUAGGGGGAAAGACGGCUUUGGCAGGUUUUGUUCUAUUAUUGGCAGGGGUUUUUUGUCGAGCGAAUUUUAUGAAAUUUGGCCACAAUAUUCUUUGA